AUGAGGUCACAAGGGGGCGGUAGUGUGCAGGCUUUAAAAGCCAUUGGCCUGUCUCCAAUAGAUCCAUGCCUGUCUCCUGUGGCCUUGGCCCUGCACACUUCCUGGUCCGGUGUCGUGACCCUCCGUGUUGCCCCACAGCCAUGUAGGAUGGGGAUGUCCGCCAUCCCACCGAAGCUCUUGUUCAGUGCAGGUGUGGAGGGUCCAUCAGCCUCCUGCACUUUACGUUCCCUGCAGUUACUGAUGUCUCGCUGGUGUUGA